AAACAUCGAAUAAAAAAUGCUCAUUUCCAAGCACUUUGAAAAGAAUAUGUAGCUGAAUUAACCAUCUCUUUAUGAUUCUUGUUUUUCAGCUGGCAUUAGCUCUGAAAUGAAGUUUAAAGAUUGCUCUGCUGGUUGUUCAAACGGGUCCAUCAACCUCGGCAUUGUAAAGACAUCUUCUAUGUGCUGUAACAGUGACCAGUGUAACGCACAAGAUGCUCCAGAUCCCAGCACUGGAGCUCCCAAUGGAAACAGGUGUUACUCUUGUGAUGAGAAGGGCUGCUCAAAUGAACUGAAAUGUUCAGGGAGGGAAGAUCGCUGCAUUAAAGCAACAGGGACUUUCGGAGGCCUGAAAAUGACUCUAAAAGGCUGUGUUUCAAAAUCUAUGUGUGUUGCCCAACCAUCAGGUAGUGCUUUAGAGAGCAUCUCCUGUUGUUCAGGGAAUCUGUGUAACGGAGCUGAAAGUGUCACUCAGAGCUUCCUGAUCCUCUGUUUUUCUCUGAUUGCCUUCAUCCUGAUGCUCUGAAUUCAGUUUCUACAAUCUGAAUAUAACUUUCAUUCUCUCUGUAACAUCUCUGAUUUGACUGUGUUUGCUGUGACAUUCUGUUGCAGCAUUUUAUGAAAAAGCUUUAUAGAAACCUUUCUAUAAAUAGCUUAUUUUAUGUGAGUAACAAGCUAAACAUUAUAGUGUAACUGCUAUUCAUCCUACGGUGAAGGACGGGUGAUAGCUUUUGAUAACAAUGUCAGUUUCAGUCUUUAAUUUUUCAACUAACGCUGUA